AUGUUUGUUGUAUGGUGUCUCCCAACCACAAAAAUUAAGCCUCAUCAAAGGGAAAAAGCAGUGGAAAUUCUUGACAUUCUUGGUAAAUGGUCAUUAGUUGACUCUUAUGUUAUGAUUCUAAUGCUUAUUGCUUUCAGAAUGAAAAUUAAUUUACCUCCAAACGAAGAUGAUUACAAUAUUUUGCAGAUAAACUUGUUUGUCUAUCCAGCAUGGGGAUUUGUAACAUUAGUUGUGGGUACAAUUUUAUCACUAGGAUGUUCACAAGUAAUCCUUGCGGCUGAAAGGUAUGUUGACAAAAAAGAAUUGCUAAAUCAUCAAAUACAAUUAAUAAUAGAAGAAGAAGAAAAGAGAAAUAAAGAAGAUUAUUCGGAUUAUUCCUAUUCAUAUUCUUAUUCUUAUUCAGAUUCUGAAUCAGAAAACAAAAAGAAAGGAAAGAAGAAGGGAAAACUCUCAAAUAUUGGGAAAAAUACAAAAAAGCCAAAAAAUAACCAGCAGAGGUUAGAAACUGUUGAGGAAGAUGAUCAGAAUGAAAACGCUCCAUCACCAAAACCAAAGAAGAAAAACGAGAAUGAUAAAAAGGAUAAGAAAAAGAAAAGCAAACUCGAUGGGAAACAUAAGCUGUCUCUGUUUAUGUAUUGUAAGAGCUUUUUAUGGAAAAUUUUUCUUUCACUUAUUAUGCUCUCCGGAAUAAUAAUGUUUAUUUUCGGAACUUAUAUGAAAGCAUUUUCAUUCAAAUUUGUUGGAUUGGCUGGAUGGGCUUUGAAGCUUGUUAACGCAGAUCAAUACAGAGAAUAUUCUUCAAUCGAUUUGGCAAUUCAACUCCCAAAAGCUGCAGAAAAUCAAAAUUCUUUUGGGAUAAGGAUUACGCAGGCUGUUUAUAUUUUAGUGACAAAUUUGAUGCCAAUUAUACAUUUGGUUUGUCUUAGUAUUUUAUGGUUCAUUCCAUUGAAGUUGAAGCACAUUCACUUCAUCGAAAGAGCAUGUGAAUAUAUGUAUUCAUGGGCAUGCUUAGAUGUUUUUGUUAUAUCAAUUGUGGCCGCUGUUAUGGAGAUAUCACAACUUGCAUUGUUUAUGGUCGGUGAUAGAUGUGAUAUUGUUGAUAUUAUAACAAAAGAAUACUUUUCACAAGAAGAUUUGAUUAAAGAUCACUUAACUUGUUUUGAUGUUGUUACAACUUUUCUCAAAGGUUCAUAUAUUAUAAUAGCUGCUGCAAUUUUUCAUACUAUCGCAACAAUUGGUAUUGGCAAGUGUACUAAAAAACUGAACAGAGAUCUUGCAGAGAUAGAAAAAGAGAAGAGAGAUCAAAAUAAAUUAUCACCUCUUCUAAAUUAA